AUGGACGCAGCGAAAGACAUGGUUCGGAAGAGAAUGAUUGAGUUAGUGGAUUUUCCUAAGGAAACUGUCGGAGUGGAAUCCAUCAAUUGGCCGGAUAGAUUUCUAGAAGCUAAAAGGCUCUACCUUGAAUAUUAUCGAACUUUCAAUACUCCUCUUUUCUCUUUUAAUCAUCAUCCACUACUCUUUGCUCCUCCUCCUCCUCAGAAUAACAAUCAAAUCUCAACACUGCCACCGAUCGACAGCAAUGUUCUUGUUCCUGAUGACCAAGAUGAUGCAAACAUCAGAGGUGGAAUGGUAGUAGAACAGGAAAAAACAAUGAAUUUGGCAGAAAUUGAGAAUGAUGAUUUGACAGGUGAUGAUGAUGAUACAAUCUACUUCAUGAAGUUGGAAAUGGAAGAACAUAAUAAUGAUCAUGAUUCGAGUCUGGUUGUAGAAGAACAUGAGACACCGUCAUCAUCGAAGGUAUUUGAGAUAUAUAGUCCUGUAAUAUUGUUGAAAGAGACACCAACGACAGCAAUUACAGUUGAAUCAAAGAAGAAAAGAAAACAAGAGACAAUGACAACCACCACCACCACCACCAGAUACAACUUGAGAAAGAGGUGUUGUAAUUGUGCAACAAGAUCGAGUCCAUUAUGGAGAAAAGGUCCGAUGGGCAAAAACACCCUUUGCAAUGCUUGUGGGAUUCGAUACAAAAGAUAUGGACGUCUCAGUCUCAGUCCCAGAUAG